AGUGUUUAGAUAUAAAAAUGAGAUACAGUUAAGAGAUAUGGAUCAAAACAAUGCUGGCAAAAAGCAGUUACAGGAUUAAAAUGGCUCAAUUUUAACCUGGUGAAGUAGUGGAUAUUUUAAAACUUGAUCAUGAAAUGAUCGCCACAAAAUUUGUUAGAUUCAUAUCUCUUUGGGUAAACAUACCAUUAGAAAUUCUCUCACCAUUGGGCUUUUAAAAUCAUUAAAAUGUUACUAAUGCCUUAUCUGCAGGUGUUUGAGAAUACUUUUCGCCUAAACCUAACCCUAACCCUUCUCUCAUUCUUUAGAAAGCAAGAAACAGUCCAGUCCUCUAAGCCACAGUGAAUCCUAAGGCAGUGACUUUCUUAUUGACAACACUUAGGCUGAACACCCGUUUUUAACUUCCUAAGGAUAUCGGCCACUAACCCUUCCCCAAAUACAUCGUCUCUUUCUUUCUACCUGGAUGAAUUGUCUGCAAACUGCAAUCUGACAGUUCAACACGCUGUCACGACAGCGGUCCGAAGACGUUCCUCAGCUCCCCAGAUUCCUAUUUUUCAGCCGUAGAGAUGGCGACUUUGGCUGGAAAAUGAGUUAGAAACAAAACUUUCCCCUAAGCGGUCGGGCUGUUGAGAGGGCAGCUCCGAUGCUGAUGCGGGGGCCGGAGCAUCCCAGCGCGGUGCUCAACUCUCUCCUGGUCCGGCUCUGGGCUAAAGGCAAAAGGGGCGGAGAGGAGAGAAGGGAGGAAGGGGCGGAGGUCACCCACGCCCUCCACCCCGCCCAGGAGGCGAGCGCCUCUAGGUGCUAGGAAAUCGGAGAAGCCGAGCGCGCCGGGCAGGUUCCGUGCGGGCAGAGCGCGCGGGGGGACCCGCCGCUAGACUGAACUCCAUCCAGCCGGAGCCGGAGCCGGAGCCGGGGCCAGAGCGCGGCGCGGCGCGGCGCGGCGCCGGCGGGACCUGCGGCGGCUGAGGAGCGAAGCUGGGGCGGGAUGGCCCACGGCCCGGCGCGCUCUUCUGCUCCUCCGAGAGCCCUGCCCGCGGCCCGGGAUCACAAGAUCUCUGGACUGCAAGCUUGCACUGUCUUGAGAGGGAGAUGACUUGAGUGGACGGCUUUUAUCUCCACAACAAUGUCCAUGAACAAUUCCAAACAGCCAGUGUCUCCUGCAGCUGGGCUCCUGUCAAAUACGACUUGCCAGACAGAAAAAGGGACUUCAAUAUCUUUUUCAAUAAUCUUCAUGACAGUGGGAAUAUUAUCAAACAGCCUUGCCAUCGCGAUUCUCAUGAAGGCAUACCAGAGAUUUAGACAGAAAUACAAGGCAUCGUUUUUGCUUUUGGCAAGUGCUCUGGUAAUCACAGAUUUUUUUGGCCACCUCAUCAAUGGAGCUAUAGCAGUCUUUGUAUAUGCUUCUGAUAAAGACUGGAUCCACUUUGACCAAUCAAACAUCCUUUGCAGUAUUUUUGGUAUCUGCCUGGUAUUCUCUGGUCUGUGCCCACUUUUUCUAGGCAGUGUGAUGGCCAUUGAGCGAUGUAUUGGUGUCACCAAACCAAUAUUUCACUCUACGAAACUUACAUCCAAACAUGUUAAAAUGAUGUUGAGUGGCGUGUGCUUUUUUGCCGUUUUCAUCGCUUUGCUACCCAUCCUUGGGCAUCGUGACUAUAAAAUUCAGGCGUCAAGGACGUGGUGUUUCUACAAAACAGAGCACAUCAAAGACUGGGAAGAUAGGUUUUAUCUUCUACUCUUUUCUUUUCUGGGGCUCCUAGCCCUUGGUAUUUCACUCUUGUGCAAUGCCAUCACAGGCAUUUCACUUUUAAGAGUUACAUUUAAAAGUCAGCAGCACAGACAAGGCAAGUCUCAUCACUUUGAAAUGGUCAUCCAGCUCCUCGCUAUCAUGUGUGUCUCCUGUGUUUGCUGGAGUCCGUUUCUGAUGACAAUGGCCAACAUUGGAAUAAACGGAAAUGGUUUUCAGCAGGCCUGUGAAGCAAUCCUUUUUACUCUUCGAAUGGCGACGUGGAAUCAAAUCUUAGAUCCCUGGGUGUAUAUUCUUCUGCGGAAGGCUGUCCUCAAGAACCUCUACAAGCUCGCCAGGCGCUGCUGUGGGGUGAACGUCAUCAGCCUGCAUGUUUGGGAGCUUAGCUCCAUUAAAAAUUCCCUGAAGGUUGCUGCUGUUUCUGAGUCUCCCAUCGCAGAGAAAGGAGCUCAGCAAGUGCCUGGUUCAGCGGGACAGUAAGUCAGCAUGGAUCUAGGACGGAAUUAGAAACAGUUUUGGCAGUAUCUCAGUUCAUUAUAUAAAUAUGUAAAGCCCAACUGGAAAAAUCAGCCCUGAACAGGCAGUUGGGGGGCACGUUUGUCAGAUUUGGCUUUUGACAUUUGUUCAAUUAACUGUAUAGUUGCACAUCUUUCCAUGUUUUUGUCAACUGUAAACGUGAUGAAAUAACGCCAUGGGAGUCAAACUGAAAGCAAUAUUGGGCUUAUCUGUGGUGUUGAUACUUUUGGAGUGAGUGACUCUGUGGAACCCUGUAGCAUGUACAUGGCCUGUUUGCCAAGUCACAUCACAGGGAUUCACUGUGGCUUCUUACAAUGACCUCAAUAUACGUGAGGUGUGGCUGUCAGCUUGCCUGACCUUGGAAGCCUGGUUAGAAUGAGCCCAUUCUUGUCAUAUUUGACAGAUCUGACUGCCUUCACUUAUUAUUAUGAAGGUCAAUUGCUGUUUGAAGAUAUUCUUUUUGUCAUAGAUUUGUGCAGUUUCCUAGUCACCACCCUUGCCUCUGAAAAUUCUAGUGCAUAGUCAAUAAUUUUUAGAGAAACAAAGGAUCUGUCAGCACAUGCAUAGAUGACUUGCAUUACAUGACGGUUCCUGAGAAGCUCUGCUGUAGAUGAUGCAAACAAGCAGGACUUAUGUCCCAAGUGACAGGUGCGUAGAAUGUUGGCAAAGGCGCUGUACCUUAAGCUGUCGUUUCUGUGUCAGACAGCAAAAGAAACACAACCUCUAGAGUAUGAUAUUCAAAGACCACCAUGCAGCUAGUGUGUUUCUGCUUUCCAUUUACACACACACACACAUACACAGUAUAUGAGAAAUUUCAGUUGAAAGAGGUCUCAUUAAAUCUGUAAGAUGGCAUCUUCUAAAGAGCCUAGACUACCAGUGUCAAGGGGAGGGCUGGCAAUUAGCCAGGCAUUUGGAGACCCUGAUAAUGGGGAACCAAGAGAGCAAGGGAUACAAUUCUCUCCCCAUUUCCCCAUACUACUGUAAACGUUUUCUUUGCUUGUUUGUAUAAUUUAACCCAAAGAGUUUUCAUAAUCAUCCCAAAUGUCCUGAGUCUAUCAGAGCAUAGGGUAGCUAGUUCUGCCUUAUAGUAGUGAAAUUGCAUUUCUGUAAAAAAGAGUUCUUUGCCUUUGUUAACUGGUGUCUUUAAGAAUUACUCUUACCCUGGAGACUGAUGGUAGAUCCUCUAGGAAAUCUGUGCAGUUCAAUUAGGCUUAAAUUAGUAUUUUCACAAAUUUUUGCUUUUGGCUGGUAAUUUACAUUGGAUGUCAUUGUUAACUUUGGUGAAUUUUGAUAAAUUCUUAGGAAUAAAUGAAAAAAAACUCAGCAAAUAGCCUCACUGAAGAUUUAAAGACAACUAUUAUUUUCUAGUGAAUUUAAAGUAGGGCAACAGACAUAUCCACACACUGGCAUGGGAUAUUCUUUGUGUAUGACCGGUGAAUGAUUAAUCACACACAUUUAGACCAUUCUUAUGUAUAGAGCACAUAGUAGAUGCUCGAUAGUUGCAAAAUUGAAUCACUGGCAAGAAUUUCUUGGUGCAAAAUGAGCAUGGAUGUGCAAAAAAGUUUUUGUACAUUUUUAAUUUAAACUGACAAUCACAUAUUGGGUUAUUUUGAGGUACAUGUAUAUUACCAGUGUAUAUGCUUUUAAAAAAGCCACUGCAAUUUGUGAUUGCUGUUAUAUUACAUAAAGGUUCUCAUGUGUUUUAGAAACACUUAAAGUCUAAAAGAACUUUUAGGUGGUUUAGAGGAGAUAUUUAUUUCCCAUAGUUGCUUGAGAGAGUGUUGGCGUUGUAUAAACUGAGGCACAAAGAACCGAAGCUCCGUUCUUUCUCCCAUCACCGGAUAGGAUGCAAACACUCCCGUGGGUCCUGAUCAGGGAGAGCCAUGGAGGAGAAACCCUCAUCCAGGGUUUUAGACCUCUUCUUCUUGAGGCUUCUAAUCAAAUGACAGAUUUGUUGCUCUGUUGCCAUGAUGUCACCCUGGGACUGUGUAUCUGUGUUGAGAUCUUGUGACACGACCAUGUGUGGGAAUGUAUGAUCUUAGCAUGCAAGAUCUGGGGGAAUGGCAGGGUGGUGAGUCUCUGUGUAUCCUGGAAGGGUUAUGUACAUUCUCUGAGCAAAGGUUUAGGGCAACUAAACUGGUUUUAUGAUGAUGUGAAUCCCAAGAAGAAGACACUGAAAAUUGGUAAAGAAAAACUUGUUAAAGAAUGUAUGUUUACAUUGUUUUAGGCUUUUUGCCCCAGGAAGAUGAAACAAAGUGAACCUAACAAUAUGCAUAGCUGACUGCAGAAUUGUGUUUCUGUUACUAUAUGCAUUUUAGUGUAGUUUGGCCACUCAGUGUAUAAUGAAUAACAAAGUGGAACAUCCACCAAUAAUUUUCAUAUAAAUGUUCAGAGUGAAAGCACAUUUGUUCAAAUUACUGGAAAUAAAUAGUACAAAUAGUGUUUAGCAAGUCUACCAAUUUUGAAGAUUUAUGCUCAGUUUUCAAAUGUAUCAUUAGAAAAUCAGAGUAACUGAAUUUCCCUUCUCGUUGGAUAAAGUAGUAUCUAGGCAACUUCGCACACAAUUUGAUCACAUUGUUUCUGGAGAAUUAUGUUACUCUAGGCUAAAUACUUGAAAAUGCCAAUUUUUAAAUGAUGUUAGCGAACAUUAAAAUAAAUGGGACCAAAAAACCAAUAGCACAUGGGUCUUUAAUGUUAUGAAUAUAGAGACAGGUAAUACUGAUUCAUAAUUAGCUGCAGAUGUAUCCCAAAAUAUCAGACUUUUUACUGAUGGAUUUAACUAAGUGAUAGAAAUACAUUCUUAGAACAUUUUUUUUUUGAAAGCAGAAAGUCGCUUCUGAUUAUCUGUAUUGCUGUAGUGGAAAAUACUUCAAAGUUACACACACACGCACACAUAUAUAGAGAUGUAUCUGUCUUGUAUAACAAAUGGUCUUGUUCGCUCAUUUUCAGUCUUGGAAAAAAAAACCUGCUUUAGUUCUGUGCCUGAGUUUAGAAUCCAGAGAAGAUCAUUUGUUAAAUACAUAAAGUGAACUUUUUUGUGAAACUCACUUUAACAUCACCUGUAUCACCAUCAUUGCUCCAAAUUAAUUGUCUAAGGUCGGAAUAUAAAGGAUGAGAGUAUAUAUUUUCUUACUUCUUUGUCUGAGAGUCAAAAAAUAUUUUACCAUCUGGUAAAUAGCGUUGGACUUCAACUUGCUGUUGACAUCUUGAUAUUUAACAGCCGAUGAAAUGUGUUACCUGAAUGAGUAUAUUUUGUGCUCUUCGUGCUUGUUGGAUUGUAUAAGAGUAAAUAGUGAUGUGUAUAUUUUGUUGCUUGCAUCAGUGUGCAACUCAUGUAAUUUUAGUGCUUGAACUAGUUUAAAACAUGAGAUGAUUUUUCAAAAAUAAACUUGGACCAAUGUUUA